ACAAAGAACAAACACUUCAUGCAAUCAGCACGCACAACACUCAGACUCAAACAAUCACUCCGACAAUCUCUCAAGAGACUCAAUACUCACCAAUCACGCAAGAUGUCUUUCUUCCCAGGCUCAUUCUUCGCUUCACCCUCCGCCAACAACACCUCCUUCCACCCACUUUUCCGUCUCCUCGACGACUUCGAGCAACACUCACGCAACACCGGCACCGGCAACAGCACUGAGGGUCGUCACAGCCGCUCAAUCAUGAAGUCCUUCACACCCAAGUUCGAUGUCAAGGAGUUGACCGAUGCUUACGAGCUUCACGGCGACCUUCCUGGCAUUGAGCAAAAGGACGUUGAGAUCGAGUUUACGGAUGUCCAAACCAUCACCGUACGUGGUCGCACCGAGCGCUCCUACACAUCCGGCACUCCCCCAUCUGGCUUCAUCGAGGGCUCUGCAUCCCCAGCCGCCAUCGAAAGUUCCGACAGUUCCAAGCCAGCUGCCCAUAAGGCCACAGUCGAGGACGAGGACGCUGUUAUGGUCACCGAUCCAGCUGCAAACAAUAGCAAUACCAAUACUGAGGUCGCUACCACGAGCAAGGAAACUGUCAAGGAGGAGCCAAAGGCCAAAUACUGGGUCUCUGAGCGUAGCGUCGGCGAGUUCUCAAGAUCUUUCACCUUCCCUGUUCGCGUUGACCAGGAGGCCGUCACUGCCAGUAUGAAGAAUGGUGUCCUCUCCAUCACCGUUCCAAAAGCAAAGAAGCACGAGUCGAAGAAGAUAUCAAUCACAGCCCACUAAACGAAUGCAAUGCAAUGAAGGGAUGGUAUAUGGGUUUUGCUCUGCGUUGUAUUCGGAGUUGACGUUUCCUCUAAUUGGUGGCAAUGACCUGUAGUGGAAGAAGAUAGGAUGGGUGAUUUGGUCUUCCUUUGCUUGUAUGGAUUUGAUAAUGGGAAAUUGUUCUGGCAGCGUGGAGUUGGGUGCCUUGCACUUGACUUGGUCUUGACUGCUCUGGACGGUAUGAAGAGCACUCAAGGAAGGGUUGCUACCUCACAGUCUAGCAUAGUUAAAUGCAAUACCAAACAUCAAAC